UCCACCCCCUGUCACCUUAGACCACGCACAGUAAACAUGGCGGCCCUCAGUAUCGCUCGUAGCAGCUGCGGAUUGUUCAACGGGCUGAGGACAUCUUUCAGGAGUUUGGCACAAGUGAAACAUGGCGCAGUCGUCGCCGCUUUACCGCAGAGCAGUUCUCAACGGGACUGCCGGUGGUACUCGGUCAGUAACCUGUCCGUGAAGGAGAGGAUUGAGAAGAAACGGAAGGCGGCGCUACUGGGGGGAGGCCAGAAGAGAAUAGAUGCACAACACAAAAAGGGUAAACUGACGGCCAGGGAGCGAGUGGAGCUGCUGCUGGACCCCGAGUCUUUUGUGGAGUCUGACAUGUUUCUGGAGCAUCGCUGCUCCGAUUUUGGUAUGGAGCAGGACAAAAACAAGUUCCCAGGUGACAGUGUAGUAACGGGCCGAGGCAGGAUCAAUGGUCGACUGGUGUAUGUAUUCAGCCAGGACUUCACAGUGUUUGGGGGCAGUUUAUCUGGAGCUCACGCACAGAAGAUCUGUAAGAUCAUGGAUCAGGCCAUGACGGUCGGAGCUCCAGUCAUUGGGUUAAACGACUCUGGAGGAGCUCGAAUUCAAGAGGGAGUGGAGUCUUUAGCUGGAUAUGCAGAUAUCUUCCUGAGGAAUGUGUUGGCAUCAGGUGUCGUCCCUCAGAUCUCCCUCAUCAUGGGUCCCUGUGCAGGUGGAGCUGUGUAUUCCCCAGCCCUGACAGAUUUCACCUUCAUGGUUAAAGACACGUCAUACCUGUUCAUCACUGGUCCUGAUGUUGUGAAGUCAGUGACCAAUGAAGAUGUGACUCAGGAAGAGCUAGGCGGAGCCAAAACACACACCACUGUGUCUGGUGUUGCUCACCGUGCAUUUGAAAAUGACGUUGAAGCCCUUCUCAACCUGAGGGAAUUCUUUAACUUCCUCCCUCUCAGCAACCAGGAUCCCGCCCCCAUCAGGGAGUGCCACGACUCCAGCGAUCGCCUUGUACCUGCCUUGGACACCAUCGUCCCAUUUGAGUCAACUAAAGCCUAUGACAUGUUGGACAUCGUUCACGCAAUUGUAGAUGAGCGGGACUUCUUUGAGAUCAUGCCCAACUACGCCAAGAACAUUGUGGUGGGAUUCGCACGCAUGAAUGGACGCACUGUAGGCAUUGUGGGUAACCAGCCCAAAGUGGCCUCUGGCUGUCUGGACAUUAACUCCUCUGUGAAGGGAGCCCGCUUUGUACGUUUCUGUGACGCUUUCAACAUUCCCAUCAUCACUUUUGUAGACGUUCCGGGCUUUCUGCCAGGUACUGCUCAGGAGUACGGAGGCAUCAUCAGACAUGGAGCCAAACUGCUGUAUGCGUUUGCAGAGGCGACUGUACCAAAAAUCACCGUGAUUACCAGGAAGGCUUAUGGAGGAGCCUAUGACGUGAUGAGUUCCAAACAUCUGAGAGGAGACGUGAACUACGCCUGGCCCACAGCUGAGGUGGCCGUCAUGGGCGCCAAGGGUGCUGUUCAGAUCAUCUUCAGAGGGAAGGAGAACCAGGCAGAGGCAGAAGCCGAAUAUGUGGACAAGUUUGCAAAUCCCUUCCCUGCUGCUGUCAGAGGUUUUGUGGAUGACAUCAUUGAGCCGUCGACGACUCGUAAGAAGAUCUGCAGAGAUCUGGAGGUCCUGGCCAGUAAAAAGCAGGUCAACCCGUGGAAGAAACACGCCAACAUUCCUCUGUGAAAAACCCACUGUGACCAUCGGCGCCAUCUAAAGGCAGAGUGUUGUAGACUGCAGAGGUACUUCUCCACCACCACUUGGACUUCCUCAGAUGUUUGUUGUCGUAGUUCACAGUCUCUCCUUGAAGAUCAUGUUACUGUCACCUCCACUCGACUGUUCGUGUACAGAUGCUCUCCCGGAUCUGGGUUCUGCUUCGUAGUCCGUACAUUUCGGUUUCAGAAACUGGUGCACUCGGUAAAAUCUGGACGUCUGUAUUUGCAUCUUCGACACCGACGACUAGAAGAUGUCAACUGGAAAAUCAUCCAGGGGAAAGUGCUGUGGUCUGACUGGUUCUCAUGUCUGUAGUGGCCAUAUUGGCCGUUGACGUUGGUCUUCAUUGACAUUAUGAUGCAGUGGAGGGGAGGAUCAGAUGUGACAGGUACUCGGCAACAGCUGGUAAAGGUCGUCUAAACAUCAUUAGCCUCAGAACAUAACUGCCUAAACCGGGGGUCCACCAAAGGUUCCAAUGUGGUCCGUGGGAUCAAUUUACAAAGUGCAAAAUAACAGCAGAAUAACCGACAAAAAAUAACGACUCCAUACUUUCUUCUCAGUUUGAUGUGAAAAAAAUAU